UCUCUGAACCUGGAAGCUGUGCUUGCAAUAGCUCCUCUGCUCAUUUUGAACGUUGGUCUCCAGCUGUCCUCUCAGCGCUGCUAGUGAGGAGUGGAACAGAAGACGCUUCCAUCCCUGUACCCUCGGCAAGAGAGGGACUGUGUGUGUAAAAAUUAGAGUGAGCUGGAGCAUGGAGAGACAGAAAGAGAGAGAGUGAGUGAAAGAGAGCGAGAGAGAGAGAGAGAGAGAGAGAGAGGGAGAGAGAGAGCGUGUGAGAGAGGAAGGGAGGAGGUACCACUGCAGACGCACAGCCACUGUCACAGCUCCACAGCCAGAGGACAGAGGCAGAAACGGCAGCACCAGAGAGCAUGGAGGAGCAAGACUCUAUCAUUCCUCUGGACCUCUACCCUCUCUCACUGACAACCUUCCUCUGGGAAUACCCUGUAAAGAGUGGAGAAGAGAAGAGAAGAGGAGGGAGAUAGAGGACAAGAGGAGUAAUCUCUUGAUCUGCCCUUCAGAAGAGGAAGCACCAGUCCCUUACUCUAGUGGGACAAAUCACACACUAUUCUCUUUUUUUGGCCUGUCAGACCUGUGCACGUCUUGGGCUAUCUUCCCCUGCGGUGACCUUUUGACAGUGUGGACUUACGUUGACCCUGGAGAGGACCAUGGGGCUAGGGUGGAGGUGGAGGGGUGCAGGAGGGACCCCCAGUAUAAGGACAGGGGGCAGCACAUUCCUCUGGGUGACAGUACUACUGCUCUGUGGUACUUGGAGGGCUAACACACAGAUGGUAGAGGACACCAAGUCUGUGUACUUCUGGGAAACAGGGCCAUGGGGCAGAUGUAUGGGCAGUGACUGUGGUCCAGGUGGCAGCCAGAGUCGGGCUGUGUGGUGUGCCCACGUGGACGGCUGGACCACCCUCCACACCAACUGUGACCAGUCCCAGCGGCCUUCCAACCAGCAGAACUGCUUCCGUGUGUGCGACUGGCACAAGGACCUUUACGACUGGAAACUGGGUGCCUGGAACCAGUGUGUGUCCGUGUCAGCAAGGACCUUUGGGGGCGUGCGCCCAUACUUAUGCAAUGGGGGUGAGGAGGGCAUUCAGACUCGGGAGGUGGGCUGCAUACUAAAGUCAGACGAGUCUCCCGGAGACGACAACAUCUGUGAGUACUUUGAGCCCAAGCCUCGACUAGAGCAGGCCUGCCUCAUCCCCUGCCCUCAUGACUGUGUAGUGUCUGAGUUCACCCCCUGGACGUCCUGCUCAAAAACCUGUGGAACCGGCCUAAAGAACCGGGUGCGCAGUGUCCUGGUGCCUCCGCUCUUCGGGGGUUCCGCCUGCCCCAACCUGACUGAGUUCCAGACCUGUAAGCCAGGGCCUUGUAAGGGGCCUGAGGGGGUGUACAGCCUCAGGGUGGGGCCCUGGAUGCCCUGUUCUCUCCCCAUUUCCCGGCCGGUGCGGCAGGCCAAGCGUAGGAAGGGUAAAGGGGAGGCCAGGGAGAGGCCUGAGGUCAAAGACCCUGAUACUAGGGAGCUGAUCCAGAAGAAACGGACCAGGAACCGGCUCAACAGGCAGGAGAGCCCCUUCUGGGACAUCCAGCUGGGAUACCAGAGUCGCACGGUGUCCUGUGCACACAGGAACGGGAGCACGGUGGGUCUCAGUCGGUGUCUGCCCAGGGACCUCCCUCUGACGGUCCAGUCCUGCAUCCUUGCUAAGGACUGUAAGCUGAGCGAGUGGGCAGACUGGGGCCCCUGCUCCAAGGCCUGUCUAGACCCAGACCCUGAGUCCCCCCGGGGCCAACGCUCCAGGACCAGACGCGUGCACCAGUUCUCUGUGGGGGAGGGGGAGGACUGCCCACCGCUGGAGGAGACGGAGCCAUGUGACCCUCAGGGGGAUGGAGUACUGCCCUGCGCCACUUACACCUGGAGGACUACAGAGUGGAGCAACUGUAGGGUGGACUCGUUGCUAAGCCAACAGGACCGUCGGCGUAGCAACCAGACCGGCCUGUGUGGGGGAGGGCUCCAGAACCGAGAGGUGUACUGUGUCCAGGCCAACGCUGAACUACUGACCUACCUCAACAACCUCAAAGACAAAGAUGAGGGUCAGACCUCAAACCAGCAGAAGCCUAGUGUUCCCCCUCUUCUAUCCAUCAGCUUUGAAGUUACAGCAUCCCGUCCUGUGGACAGCAAGCUGUGUGGGGGUCCCAUCCCCAACACAUCCCAGCUGUGUCACAUCCCCUGUCCUAUCGAGUGUGAAGUGUCCCCAUGGGGGGCCUGGGGACCCUGCACCUAUGAGAACUGUGACGUCCAAGAAGGGAAGAAAGGUUUUAAACUGAGGAAACGGGAGAUCAGCAAUGAGCCAACGGGUGGACCAGGGAACUGUCCUCACCUGGUGGAGGCUGUCCCAUGUGACGAACCCAGCUGCUGGGCCUGGCGCCUCGUCAGACUGGAUGAGUGUAUCCCCGACGGGGAGCUGCCGUGUGGCCCCGGGACACAGAUACCUCAGGUUCAGUGUGUCAACAGCACCGGUGACAUGGUGGACAAGGAGCUGUGUGGGGGAGCCCCUGCCCCUGAGCCCAUCGCCUGUGAUGUGCCUUGCCCUAAGGACUGUGUCCUCAGCGACUGGACCUCCUGGUCCUCCUGCUCCCAAACCUGUUCCAGCAAAACCAUCGAGGGCAAGCAGCUGAGGACCCGCUCCGUACUGGCCUACAACGCUGGCGAAGGUGGCGGCAUGUGCCCCAACAGCAGUUCUCUGCAGGAGGUGCGUAACUGCAACGAGCAUGCAUGUACAGUGUAUCACUGGCAGACUGGACCCUGGGGCCCCUGUACUGAAGAUCCCUCAGCCUCAGCCCUCAACACCACCACUGCUGCUGCUGGCCCAAACACCAACGGGCAGGGCCCCUGCUCCCAGGGCAUGCAGACACGCAAGGUCAUCUGUGUCCGGGUCAACGUGGGACAGGUGCCGCCCAAGAAAUGUCCUGAGAGUCCUCGUCCAGGUACAGUGCGGCCCUGUCGAAUGCCCUGUAAGAAGGACUGCAUCGUAACCCCCUUCAGCGACUGGUCCCAGUGCUCUCCCACCUGUGAUGCAGCUGGUAACAUUCAGAAGAAGAAGCAGUCGAGAAAACGCGUCAUCCUCCAGCUGCCAGCCAACGGGGGCCAAGACUGUCCUGAGGUGCUGGAGGAGGAAAAGGACUGUGAGGCUCCUAAAGUCUGCCCUGGUUACAGGUGGAAGUCACACAAAUGGAGAAGGUGUCAAUUGGUACCAUGGUACAUCAGGGAGGACAGCCCAGGGGCUCGGGAGACAUGUGGACCAGGUCUUCAAACAAGAGCCGUGUCCUGUCGCCAGCUGGACGGAGUGCAGGCAGACAUUGGGGAGUGUCUGAAGUUUGCCAACACCAUGCCCCCCAUCACUCAGCGGUGCCAGCUCCCAUGCCAGGAUGAUUGCCAGCUCACCAACUGGUCCAAGUUCUCGUCCUGCACAGCUGACUGUGUGGGGGUCCGAACCAGGAAGAGGUUACUUGUAGGGAGAAGCAAGAAGAAGGACAAGUGUAAGAACACCCAGAUGUACCCUCUGAGCGAGACGCAGUACUGCCCGUGUGACAAGUACAACGCCCAGCCCUUGGGCAACUGGUCCGACUGCAUCCUGGCCGGGGGAGACCGUGUGGAGAGUCUCCCGGGCACGAAGGUCCAGGGGAACAUCAAGGAGUGUGGCCAGGGCUACCGCUACCAGGCCAUGGUGUGUUACGACCAGGACAGCAGACUGGUGGAGACCUCACGAUGCAACAGCCAUGGCUACAUUGAGGAAGCAUGCAUCAUCCCCUGUCCGUCAGACUGUAAGCUCAGCGAGUGGUCCAACUGGUCCCGCUGCAGCAAGUCAUGUGGUAGCGGGGUCAAAGUGCGUUCCAAGUGGCUCCGGGAGAAACCCUACAACGGAGGGCGACCCUGCCCCAAACUGGACCACAUCAACCAGGCCCAGGUGUAUGAGGUUGUGCCCUGUAUUAGUGACUGCAGUCAGUAUGUGUGGGUGGCUGAACCCUGGAGUGUGUGGAAGGUCAGCAACUUGGACCUGAAGGAGAACUGUGGAGAGGGCGUCCAGACCCGCAAAGUCAGGUGUAUGCUGAACACUAUUGACGGUCCAUCUGAGUCUGUGGAGGACUACCUGUGUGACCCGGAGGACAUGCCCUUGGGGACGCGGGGAAGCCGGCUGCCCUGCCCCGAGGACUGUGUCCUCUCUGACUGGAGCAGUUGGAACCGCUGCAGCCUGCCAUGCAGUUACAACAACAGCAGGAAACGGACAGCUUACGCCAUCCGGUCACCUGGAGCAGGGAGACAAUGUCCGGACACCACAGAGAAGGAGCCAUGUAGUCUGAACCUGAACUGCUUUCACUAUUUCUACAACAUCACAGACUGGAGCACAUGUCAGCUAAGUGCCAAUGCUGUGUGUGGGAAUGGCAUCAAGACGCGGAUGCUGGAUUGUGUACGCAGCGACAGCAAGUCUAUCGACCUCAAGUUCUGUAAGGAGCUGAGCCUGGAGAGGAAGUGGCAGAUGAACAUUUCCUGUGUGGUGGAGUGUCCCGUCAACUGCCAGCUGUCUGAUUGGUCGGCCUGGUCGGAAUGCUCGCACACGUGUGGAUUGGAUGGGCGGAUGUGGCGUAGCAGGGUGGUGGUGCAGGGGUCCCAGGGAGAUGGGCGUCCCUGUCCCUCUCAGCUGGAGCAGUGGAAACCUUGUCCUGUCAGACCCUGUUACAGGUGGCAGUACAGCCCCUGGUCUGAGUGCAGGGUGGAGGAGGUGGUAUGUGGAGCGGGACUUCGCUACCGGAACCUGUCGUGCGUGGUGUCAGACGGCUCCAGAGAGGGAGAGGGCAGCAUGGUGGAGGAGGAGCUGUGUGGGGGUCUGGAGAUGGCUGUCAACAGAGACAAACUGAUCAUACUGAAGGAGACCUGUGUUCUGCCCUGUCCAGGUGAAUGCUACCUGAUGGAGUGGUCUGACUGGAGCCCGUGUCUGAGUGUGUGUGCCAAAGGGGCCGGCGUGGACUUUGGAUCUGUCCAGGUGCGCUCGCGAGCCGUCGUGGCCCAGGAGCCUGAGAAUGUCCAGCUGUGUCCUGACCAGGACUGGGAGUCCCGACCCUGCAUUGAUGGGGAGUGUUUUGAGUACAAGUGGAUGAGCAGCACGUGGUCAGGCUCCUCUCGUGUCACCUGGUGUCAGCGCUCUGAUGGACUCAACGUCACAGGAGGAUGCCCCCCUAUCAAUCCUCCAGGGGACGACAACAACUCCUGUGACCCGCCGUGUCAAAUGCCAUUGUCCUUCUGCACUGAGGCUGGUGUGUGUAUGUGCGAGGAGGGCUACACAGAGGUGAUGUCCUCCAGUGGCCAGCUGAACCACUGCACCCCCAUACCCAUUCUGGAGAUCCCCACAGCCGGGGACAAGAAGACUGACGUGAAGACCAGCCGUGCCAUCAACCCCACCCUGCCUGCCACCAUACAGCCUGGACGCACCGGGCGCACCUGGUACCUGCAGCCCUUUGGACCAGAUGGCAAGCUGAAGAUGUGGGUGUAUGGUGUAGCAGCGGGAGCCCUGGUACUGCUCAUGUUCAUAGUGUCUAUGAUAUACCUAGCUUGCAGGUACAGCGUCCUCCGCCGCCAUCUUCAGGCCACCGAGUCCAACGCCAAUGGGGCGGUGGUCUGGAUGGGCCAAAAUGUACAUGAGUUGACUUAUACGUGCCCCGAUUGCCAAGAGUUGGGUCAAAGCAGUGGCCAAAGCAGUGGCCAAAGCAGUGGCCAAAGCAGCAGCCAUGGCAGCAGCUAAAGAGUAGCUGCAGUGCCAAUCGUUGACCCCUGACCUCUGACCCCUCCACCAGUGUCACAUGACAUGUCCCGCUUGACCAGCUGUGUGAAGUUGCUGGUGCAGGUGAGGUCCCAGGAGAUCACCUUCUAGGGGUUCCUCGUACUGUAGGUGGUAGGCUCCAGAUAGACCCUGGUCGUAGGAAGUCCUCCGACUUUAGGAUGACCUUACCUUCACCAAAUCAUUAACCUAAACCAUUAGGGCAGUGGUCUCCAGACCCUAACACACCCAAUUACUGAUCAACGACUCAAGAUGAAGAUGAGUUAACUCAGAAGUGUUAGUGUUGGCCUGGAACAAAAUAUGUGACCAGGGUUAAGUGACUACUAAUGUGACUACCGUUGACUGAUUUGGUCUCCAGAGUGACGAAGCAGUCUAAGGCACUGCAUCUCAGCGCAAGAGGCGUCACUAUAGUACCUGGUUCGCAUCCAGGCUGUAUCACAUCCGGCCAUGAUUGGGAGUCCCAUAGGGCGGCGCACAAUUGGCCCAGCAUCGUCUGGAUUUGGCCGGUGUGGGCCGUCAUUGUAAAUAAGAAUUUGUUCUUAACUGACUUGCCUAGUUAAAUAAAGGUUAAAUCAUAUAAAAAAAAAAAAAUACAAAUUCAACCCCUUUAAGACUCAUUCAGGCCUUUUCCUGUAGACUAAUUUGUUUUCCUGACUGUAAAAUGGCACAAUGAUGGUGCCAUACUGCCCUCUGGUGGCCAUGAUAGACAGCUACUAUAUUUUAGAGCAGGAGCAACAUUCCCCUGCUUUUAUCAAAUCCCCUCUGCCAUCUCAUCCCUGUUAAUCCUCUAUUUACCAUACAUUGUCACACACAUGUAUUAUGUUGCUCACGUUUGUUAUGCACGGAACACCAGUUGUUGAGGAUGAUCAAGUUCACACCACCAUCAAGGAAUAUGGACACAUGCAGUAGAAGUAAGCAUUUAUGCAUGCAUCUUUAUGAGGCAUUAAUAAUUGCAGGACAACAAUAGUGCUUCUCUUUUCCUAGGAUGGUGGCCUUUGCUAAAUAGCUCUGUAAUAUUCUCGCACUGUCAUAACCUAUAGAAAAGGUACUUUAUAGCUCCGAGCCCUAGAAGUCAAGUGAAGCAUGGCCACAGUCAUUAAUGCAAAUGGACAAACUAAUACCUUUAACUAGCUUUUUAUCGUUUUAAUAUGCCCAUGUCUUCCCGAAAUGUCAGUUUCAUAGAGAUAUCGUUCAUUUGGAACAAACGCAGCGAUAUGUUAUAACUGACAUAAUAGUAUGCCACUUUCUAGUGCUGCUGGUGUUUUACUUGCACUGUAGUGUACAGAUUGUAAGGCAGGGUAACAUGGCGUCUACUCUUCCUCUUAGCAAAAAGCCAAAGAAACCAAAGAGACAGAGGCAGAUGAACAACCGACUGAAACCUCUCACCCUAGCCUAUGACGGGGACGCUGACAUGUAGGACUCUGGGAUAGCCUAGUCCUCCAGAGACCUGCCACACCUGCCGUAAAAACAAGGAGACAUAUCCCAUCAUAGGAAGGACAGGAGGGUUUUCAUCUGCAGAUCAGAAGAAGAAGACCAACGGCCAUCUUGAAUCCAUUUUGGGUCCUCAUGAGUUAAAUGGAAAUUGGAAUUGAGGAAAAAUUUCUCCACUUAGAGAUAUUUGGGUUUAGUCCAUGCAGUUCUCCUUUUUCCCCCAUUUUCUUUUGUGAUAUUUCCUUAAGCAAACGCCUUCAUGGCCUCCCCUCACUACGAGGAAAAUGCCUUUUUUAGUUUGCCCUUUUUGCUUUCAAAUGGAAGAGCUGCUGCGAAGAGACAAACUUUUUUUCUCCUUUAAACACAAACAGCACAAGCUCAUUUCUUUGCUGUGUUUUCUGCUCGUCCCUGAAACGUUGAGUAGCUGGAGGCUUAGGAUGCACUGGCGGUUCGCACGUUGCCAAAAGUCACCGCAGGGAAGGGGAGGAAAAUCUCCAUGAAAAGGCUUGGAUUCCUUUCCUUUCUUGGGUUUUGACUGAAAUCUCCUUCUUCGGUCGCAAACAAAGAGAUACUUUUGGUUUCCGGUUGAUUCCUAGUCCACUGCCUAUCUUGGAGGAUAAACAUAUACAGACAGAGAACACAAGAUGAGAAACCAUCCCUGGUUACUGGAUCUAUUGCCUGUCUCUCUUUUGCUUUGUUUCAGGAACUAUUAUUGCACUACGUUAGUGCAGCAUGAUAUGCACAUGAUGACUUAUAUGUUGCAUUGCCAUAGAACAUUGCCUCUCUUAAGACAGAUAUGCAGUUGGAAAUCAAAUGUGAAAAUAAUAGGCAUUUUCAAGACCACGGAUACAUGAUAACUGGAGAUGAUGUCCGUGUUCUAUAACACAGGGGGUGUGAAUCAAUAGUAAAUAUGUAUAGAUUUUAUUUUUCCACAACUCGUUUUGUUUUUGGUCCAGUAUCUUUUGUGGUCUAUAUACUGUAGUUUGUUUGGUAUUGUCCCUCUCUAUGCCCGAAUGAAAUCGAAUAGACUACAUUAAAUGAGGACCAUUGAUUCUGUUCUUGCUUACAAUGAGAUAUUUCCAAUGGUUUAAAUGUUGUAAAUAUGAAACACAGCCCAUAUGUACAUGGAAGAUAAAUGGGCAAAUGGAUUUUCUUAUUUUUUAGAUAACUUGUUUUGCAAAAAACAAAACACUUCUAAAGCUAAAACGAUGUGUGUGACUGCUAUUGUAUUUUUUAUCUAACUUCUAAUGUCACGCAAACCUAACUUCUGCCUUAUUGUCAAUGAUCAACUAUCUACAGUACCAUAUACAUUCAUGAAACCAACAUAUUUAAUAAUGGGUGCAGCACAGGUUUAAACUGUAUGUCAUUGAUUCAUGUGAUGAAUGAUUGAUGAAUUUGGUGAUUGAUGAAUUUAGACGGAAGUUAAACAGUACCAUUUUCUUGGACAAAAGGCUCUAGGAACACUACAGUUGUUUUCAGUUCUGACUUAAGACUAUGGAAAUGUCCUUUUUCACAAUGACCCAUAUCAUAGUGCCCUUAGACAUAUGAUAAUGAUGCAGUUCGUUCUCUCGGCGUACAAUAUUACAUCAUAUAUUCUGUAUAUAUCGAGGUCCAUCUAAGCAGCCGUCAUUACAGUAUCUGAAUACAGAGGAAAUAUGGUGCCGCUGUUCUACACUGGCAGAAUUCGACCACUCUGCCUGAGAGCAAGAAGAACAGCUGAUGAGGAGAAUGUUUACUUUGUUGUUAGUUUUCCUUGUAAAUAAUGACAUUUUUUAGAUUUUUUUGAAAAAAAGGUCAACUUAUGUGAACAUUUAUUUUGUAUUGCACAGAAAUGUUUAGUUUGAAUAUUGCAAUGUGGGUGUAUGAUAUUACUGAUGGGGGGUUCUCUUGAAGCAAGUUGUGUGUUGUAAAAAAAGACAAGACUCCGUCGUUUUGUAAAGAUUGUUUAUAUAUGUAUCGGAAGUAUUACUAAAAAUAAAUGAAGAAAAUGUUAUAAACAUA